AUGGUUUUAUUAUUCGAAGAUCCACGUAAACUUCCUUUGGCAACAUUUCUUAUGCAAGUUUUCAUUACAUUAGUGGUAUCUAAAAUUCUUGCUAAAUUACUUUCAUAUAUUCGACAGCCACAAGUCAUCGGUCAAAUUAUUGCUGGCAUUAUUUUUGGACCAUCUAUUCUUGGUAAUAUUUCAGCUUGGACUAAUGCAAUAUGGCCAGCAUCAAGUCUUGGAAUAUUUCAACUUGUUGCUAAUUUGGGUUUGAUAUUUUUCAUGUUCUUCUUAGGACUUGAACUAGAUUUAAACCAAAUAAAAAAAAGUUGGAAAAUUACAAUACCCGUUGCUGUUGCUAGUAUCACAAUUCCGGUGGGAAUUGGUUGUGCAAUAGGUCUUUGGCUUUACAACAUGAAUGAAGGUUUGCAUACAAGUAAAACAGCUUUUAUUCUUUUUAUUGGUUCUGGAUUUGGAUUUUCUGCAUUUCCUGUUCUUGCAACAUUACUCAAUACAUUAGGUUUAUUAAAAAAACCAAUUGGUGUUCAAACAAUAUCAUUAGCAGCAGUUGAAGAUAUUGUCGUUUGGGUCAUUCUAGCUAUUGCUAGUGCUUUUUCAAUAGGUGGUUCAGCACUACAAGGUCUCUACACCUUAUUGUUAACAUUAGCUUUUAUUGCUAUUAUGUUUCUUAUCAUUCGCCCUAUUUUAAUAUGGAUUCAUCGUUAUUAUCUUCGUCAAAACAAUGACACAAAUGUUUAUUUAGUUGUUGGCUGCUUUUUAUUACUUGUUGUUGCAGCAUUUACUACAGAAGUUAUGGGUAUACAUGCUUUUUUUGGUGCUUUUGUCAGUGGAUUAUGUAUACCACGCAAAGGAAGUUUGGUUGAAUUUCUAGGUGUACGUAUACAACUUAUUAUUGUUGAAUUUUUUUUACCUCUCUAUUUUGCUAAUAGUGGUCUUCAUACUCAUUUAAAUUUAAUGAAUAAUGGUAAAGCAUGGUGGACACUUAUUGUACUUAUACUUUUAGCUUCAAUAGCUAAAAUAGUUCCUGUAACACUUGUAUCAAAACUUUGUUCAAAAAAACCUUGGUUUUAUUGUUUAUCAAUUGGUGUACUUAUGAAUACACGUGGUAUUGUACAAUUAGUUGUAUUAAAUAUUGGUGUAGAACUUGGUGUACUUUCAGCACAAAUAUUUGCAAUAUUUGUUUUAAUGGCAACUAUAUUAACAUUUUUAACAUCACCUAUAUUAUCUUUACUUUAUCGACGAAAAUUUGAUGCACGACAAUCAUCUGUUACUCCAAAAGCUCCUGAAGAUUUACGUAAUCUUUCACACGCAGAAAUGCAUGUAGCAGAAACUAAUUUUAAUGAUGUGGGUAUUCAAACAAUCUCAAAUGGUGGUAUUUAUUCUAAUCAAUCAUCAAUAGAUCUAAAAAAAUUAUCAAAUCCUUCAAAUAUCGUGCCUCCAGAUUAUACAUUUGCAAUAUUAGAUUACCCAACAAGUUCUUCUGAAUUUAAUCUAAAUACAGAUGAAGAAGAUAUGGAAGAGUCUGAUACUAUGUUUCGUCUUGGUAUUAAUAUGACGAGAUUUUAA